GACUUGUUGCCUGGAUUCACAACGAGUGUAGCUUUAAUUCGAUACCCUGCAUGUGUAUUUUAAUGAACUUUUGAGUUUUAACUAAAUACUAUUAGCAUUUAGCGUAGCGCAUUUGCAUUUCCAGAGCUCUAGUUGGGACGCAAGCGUCCCGAGUAGAAGCAACAGGUUAAGCUAAUCAGGUAAAUGUAAUUAACUAGAAAGUCGGAGCACCACGAAAUAAUGUUUAUAGAUCUGUUAUCUUCUGAAUAAACUCUUAACCUCUCUGCGCACAGAACCCGCUAGCGGGCUGAAAUUCCACCAGCAUACGGUGAUCGCUACAUAAAUAGUCAUAUUAAACAUUCAUGAAAAUACAAGUGUCUCACAUGUAUCGAAAGCCUAGAAUCUUGCUAAUCCAACUGCGUUGUGAGAUUUAAAAAAUGAUUUACUGCGAAAGAAUACGAUGCGAUUAUCUGAGCAUAGAGCCCCAUAAAAAACAACACUUUUAACCAGCACAGGCGUAACAUAAUCACAAACUGCAUUAAAAUACAUUUUUACCUUUGACGAUCUUCGUCUGUUUGCAAUUCCAAUGCUCAUUGUUACACAAUGAAUGAUCUUUUGUUUGAUAAAAUCCGUUUUUAUAGCCUAACACGAAACAUUUUGUGAACCGCUUGUGUCGUGAAUUCCGUCUCAUUCCAUUUUCGAUGACACAUUCCAGGUAAAUAACCCACACAGAACGUGACUUUUCCAGUCAUGUUUGGUUUCACUGCAAUCAACUGGUUUGUUUGUAACACAAUCAAACCUGAUGGGCCAUUUCGCGGGACAUAUUGACUGAAAGAAACCGAUUUGAAGACAACAAGUCAUGACAUCAUUGUGCACCAAUGAUUUGCCCGCUGUUUCGUUGAUUGACUGUCUUUUAACCCAAUGACCACUGAUCAUCUUGAAAUCUAGCUGGGUAGAUAGCCAAUGAGCUGAGGUAAACGGCAAUACGCCAUGUUUAUGUGUUGCAAGACCAACCCAUGUAGUAAGCUCCAGCGUAAAGUGAGUGAUUCGCUAUUGAAGUUUCAUACCUGAAGGAGAAACACAUAUUACGCACUGCAUUGUUUGGUAAACGCGCAGAUUCAGCUGUUUAUAUAACAAUCAUUAUGGCGACUAAGUCAGGGAAAGCUAAAUCUAAGUCUAGAUAUACAGCUGUACACACAAUUUCAGAAUAAAUUGAUUGGGAAGGUGAAACAGAGAUUGUUGUAGGACGAUUCAUUUAGCGAUUGUGGAGGAAUAUUUUUUGAACGGGAGAGGACAUCGUUUUGGACUGGUAAGUUCUUAUCAUGCUAAUGCCCUUGUUUGAAAUUAAUAAUAUAAAAUAUUAUUUGUGAUUUUUUUUAAAUUUUAGAAGCAACAUAUAAACAUGUAAUGUCAUGAAAUGUGAAAUAGCCUAUUUGAGGCUGUUGAGGGGAGGGCAGGCCCACAACAAUGGCCAAAGUGAAAUGGAGACAGUAGAUACAGCUGGUCUGUUGUAAUAUAAUAAAGACAGUAGAUCAAGCUGGUCUGUCAUAAUAUAAUAGAGACAGUAGAUUUAGCUGAAAUGUCAUAAUAUAAGAGACAGUAGAUCUAGCAGGUCAUAAUAAUAUUUUCAACCUUAUGUUCCCUGUACUUUCUAUAUAUAUAUCUGUUUAUUAUACCUGUUGAUACAGGGCUCAUAUAUGAAACUAUUCUAACUGAACAUUUUCUUUCAUAGUGACACUGACUCCGAAUGGGAGUCUUAUCCGGUGUCCUGUGUGAAUUUAAUUCCCAGGUCUCUAAGCAGUCUGGUUGUAGAUGUUGUCACAAAACCUCUGCAGCCCACCUCCACUGGUCGGACUUCUGUGUUCCAGUCAUGAUGCCGUGCUUUGGCAGCUAGAUCGGCAUAGCGCAGAUGUUUUCGCUCAUAAGCCUCAUCAACUGAGUCCUCCCAGGGUACUGUGAGCUCAAUGAUGAAGACCUUCUUGAGCGAACGGGACCAGAGCACCAUGUCAGGUCUUAGAGUGGUGGUUGCGAUCUCCGGAGGAAACACAAGUUGCCGGCCAAUGUCAGCUAGCAUUUUCCAGUCGUGGGCCAAGCGCAGCUGGUCUCGCUCUAAUGGUGUAGAGCCGCUCUUCGGUGGUUUAGCCCCUUCGCGGACAAAGAUCUUCCGUAAGGGGUGUGAUGCUGCUGGGGGUGGUAGGGAGUUGGUGGCAGCUCGCUUGUCCUCCAGGGCGGACGCAAGGUUUUUAAGGACUUGGUUGUGACGCCAAGUGUAGCGUCCUUGGGUGAGGCUUGUUUUACACCCUGUGAGAAUGUGCCUGAGGUUGGCUGGCAUGGAACAGAGGGCACAGUCCAGAUCUUCACCAUACCAUUGGUGAAGAUUAACUGGUGUUGGAAGGACGUCAUAUGUUGCUCUGAUGGAAAAGCUCAACCGCCUCGCUUCCAUGGCCACAGAUCCUUCCAGCUGAUCUUCCUCUUCUCCACACUGUCCCAUCGAGUCCACUGUCCCUGUUUGGCAAGAGAGACUGCCUUGGCCCACCUUGCAGCCUCCUCCUGAUGGCGUACUUCCUGCACUACCAUCUUCCGCCGCUCUGGUGGAGUGGCCUUACUUCAAGCAGCACGGCUAGUUAGCCCAAGGCCUCCUCUCCCUUGCUGAACAUGACCCACAAUGUCAGCAUGUAUGAGGGCUGCUGUUGCCUCCAUUUGCGCCCAGUUGCCAAGGUCGGCGCGUUGUUGCUCACCACUGGGUCUCGAGAUUCAUUCAGUGUCAUCUGGAGCCUGGUUUUUGCACACUUGAAUUCCUCUGUUAGACUGGUGAGGGGCAGCUUGAGGACACCAUCUCCAUAGAGGCCUAUGGUGGUAAGGCAUCGUGGAACUCCGAGCCACUUCUUUAAGUAGCCUGUGACUCCUCUUUGGGGGUGGCUAAGAGACCAAACUGCAGACACCAGGCCUUUAACUUUCCAGGUAGCUGGGUGUUGUCGAUCGACUGUAGGCUACUACUGAUGUCUUUGCGUUGCUGUUGCACCUGGGCUUUGUCCUUCAGGCUUGCAUCAUACCACCUUCCAAGGCUUUUUACCGGCUGCUCAGACACUGUUGGGAUUUGGUCAUAUCCGAUGAAGAAUUUCAGGGCAGAGAGUACUCCCUUCACAUUCGAGAUGUUGCGUGACUUGGAUGGUUUAAUCUUCAUACGGGCCCAGCUGAUGUUCUCCUCGAGUUUUCUGAGCAGUCUCCUGGUGCAUGGGACAGUGGUGGUCAAUUUUGUAAUGUCGUCCAUGUUCUGAGUGGAGGGAGGCGGAAACCAGAGUCGACUCGCUGUCCACCAGCAACCCAUUUUGAGGAUCUGAUGAUAACCUCCAUUGCCAUUAUGAAUGCCAACGGAGAAAUGGUACAUCUCGCCAUUAUACCUACAUUCAGGCACUGCCAUGAGGUGGUGAACUCUGAGGUGGUGAAGCAGAACUGCAGAUCCUGGAAGUACGACUUCACCAGGGUUGUGAUGGUGUCCUUCUUCUCCACUGUGCCGCGAAGAUCUCGAGGGUCAAGGUAAGGUCAGUAUUCACUGUUUCAUCAACUUCUUGUCACUGGCGCCAGGCCACUUCACAUACGGUCUGUGCCCUGGUAGUCUCCUCUCGACUGCAGGUCUGGGAGGCUGGGUGAGUUCCACUCCUGUUGUUGGUUCAACCUCAGUUGUUACUUCGGUGCUUGAGUUUACGUCCUCCAUGACAGUGGUACUGAUGCACUGCAAACUAUGGUUUGCGUCCAGUUGCUGGGCUUCAUUCGACUGAUUUGAUCUGAAACAUAUAUCAUAAUGUAGAAUUAUUUCAAGCCUUAUCUAUGAAACUGUUAUCAUUAGUCUUGUGGCCUACAGCAGAUCAUCCACCAGGGGGAGACUCGUCGAGGCCCGGUGACAGACGGAGUAUACAUCACGAGCCGAUGGCUCCAUCUGCUGGACAUGCCAGGUCUCAACGGUCUCUCCGCCCAGGACUAAUUGGGGCUGAUUGGGGAGUUGGUGAAGUAAGGUGGGGAAGUAAGGUGACUUCCGUGUAGUUGGAGACGGUGCCCGAGCUAACACGAGGGAGUUUUAGUUUAUGUGCCCGACAGGAUACAGCAAAAGAAGCCCAAAAGACGGUAUCCCGGAGAGGGUUUCAUGGGGAAACCUAUCCUUUUCUUUGGAUUUAUUAUUUAAUAAAGACCCUUGAAACUGAGCUAAUAAUACUCUGUCCAUGUCUGAUCUGUGUAAAAGUCUUGACCAAACCCCUGGUCUGCCACAGUGUAUUUAGUCAAUUGUAUAGUUCCUUUCAGUCCAUAAAUCCAAACUCACAAUUGUUUACUUCACAGUCAAGCGUUUUUCAGCAUGUAGUUUCAAUCUAUUGAUGUGUACUGUUAGGCCCAGUCCCUUUAUCAUUGCCCCUCAGAACAGGCUUUGGGGUGUCGGGUAAAGUUGCCCCAAGUUGCUGAUCAUGGGUCAGUUUAGCAUUUUCCCCACUAAAGGUUAAGGUUAGGAUUGGGUUGAGGGAAGACUAAAACAGGUUUUAAUACCUCUUCAGCCAAAACUCAGAUUGGGAAACUUUCAUUUUCAUCACAUCACAACAACAUUGUUGUAUAGUUAUUAUAAUUAUCCCUAUUUGGUAUUAAUUGGUUUAUUCUGGGUUGGAUCUCAACAUUCCAUAUUGUUACACAAUGCUGUUUUAUGAGUUUGAACUGAGUAGAGUUUUUUUUACCUAUUCGGGUCGCUGCCACAUCCUGCCCCACAUUUGUAUUAAUAGGAUUUACGUUUCCAUGACAACAUAUUUAAGUGACAUCACAGCAUUGAACAGUGAUAGAGGUCGUCUGAGUGGAACAGCGCCGCAUUCUUACAGGAGUCAGCAACGAACUUGAGUAAACACAUUUGCUGAAUGAGACGCAGUCAGGGAGACAGCAUUUUGAUGGGAAUGGAUUUCGUGUUUACCGUGGAGGUCGUGGGCAUCGCCCUGGGAGUCAUAGGAUUAAUACUUACCAUCGUGGUCUGUGCUCUCCCCACCUGGAUAGAGAUAACCAUCAUAGAGGCUAAUGUUACCACCACAGAGGUGGUAACGUAUGGCCUGUGGAUGAGCUGUGUGGCCCAAGGCACGGGACAGACACAGUGUGAGGUGUUCAACUCCAUGUCCAUGUGGGACCCUGCCAGAGCCAUGUUCCCCACUGCCAUCAUCCUGGGGGUUCUGGGGGUCACAAUCUCCAUGGUCGGAGCCAAGUGCACCAACUGCAUCAAAGAUGAAACGUCUCAGACUAAGUUGAUAAUUAUCGCUGGAAUUUUUUUCAUCCUGGCCGGAAUUCUCAUCCUCAUCACUUUAUUCAUGGUAACAAUAACCGUCGACUACUUCAUACAGUCCAAAGGAAACUUUGAGUUGGGGAACUCGCUGUACUUUGGCUGGGUGGCGGCCGCCCUGCUCCUCAUUGGAGGGUUCAUACUGUGCAUCAAUGUGGGAGUGUUUGGAUGGAUGAUGGGAAUCUUUGGAUGGAUAGUCUCCCUAGUGUCCUGUGCUCUCUCUAUAUUGCUCCCAUUCCGUUUUUAUCCUGUGCCCCCCUAUAGGGACAUAUGGAUGGUUAUGAUGACAACCUCCAUCUCCUCCAUCCUGGGAGCUCUAGGAGUGAUGGGGUCCAUCUUUGGGACCAGGUGCUGUAACUGCAUCAAGAGUAACAGGACAAGGGUCAAGGCCAGGUUCAUUGUUGGAAUAUUCUUCAUCCUGGCUGGUAUCCUGCAAUACACCACUGUCUUCUUGAACUAUUACUUGACACAUAACCUUCCAGAAUACUGGAGGGGGCUUUUGAUAUCUUUUGCUGAACACAGUAGAUGGGCCGCCUCCAUGCUCCUGAUAGGAGGAACCAUACUCUGCUGCAGCACCUUGAAGAAGAAGCCAGACUCGACAACUAAAUCAAUCUCCCACUAACAUCUCUGUCCAGAAGCUGUACUUUCUUGUUUUAAAAACCAUAGGGAUCCAAUCAUUCUGAUUAUAUUAUGAAAAAUCUUCUCUAUCCCUUCUGUUCGGUGUUAGAAUAUUGGAAGGGAUCAGAUUAGGUGUUCCACCUUGUCUUUAACCAGUCAAAGAGGACUUUUUUGACAUAUUGUGUUCAUAUAUAAAAUUAAUUUAGACUGUGAGGAGAAGUUCCUGAGGAGACUGCAAUGAAGGGACGUAUUCUCACUGUUUCUUCUCUGAUUUCCUAUACUCGUAUUGAUACUUCUCUUUCUGUUUCUUUAAAAUUGGAUGAAUUUAAGUAUAAUACAUUUAUAUUUAGAUUAGAUUUGAAUAAAAAGUUGAUUGUUUAAUGCUGUUAAAGAUGUUCAAAUAAAAAAAACUGUAUCUGACUACAAAGCAUUUCCUGGUUGCUGCUGUGCAUUUCCUUUUUAUGCUCACCACGUUAACCACAAUCCUACAGUCAGUGACUGGGACCUUCUGACUGAAACAUAUACAGUGGGGAGAACAAGUAUUUGAUACACUGCUGAUUUUGCAGGUUUUCCUACUUUCAAAGCAUGUAGAGGUCUGUAAUUUUUAUCAUAGGUACACUUCAACUGUGAGAGACGGAAUCUAAAACAAAAAUCCAGAAAAUCACAUUUAUGAUCUUUAAUUAAAUUGCAUUUUAUUGCAUGACAUAGGUAUUUGAUAUAUCAGAAAAGCAGAACUUAAUAUUUGGUACAGAAACCUUUGUUAGCAAUUACAAAGAUCAUACGUUUCCUGUAGUUCUUGACCAGGUUUACACACACUGCAGCAGAGCAGGGAUUUUGGCCCACUCCUCCAUACAGACCUUCUCCAGAUCCUUCAGGUUUCGGGGCUGUCGCUGGGCAAUACGCACUUUCAGCUCCCUCCAAAGAUUUUCUAGUGGGUUCAGGUCUGGAGACUGGCUAGGCCACUCCAGGACCUUGAGAUGCUUCUUACGGAGCCACUCCUUAGUUGCCCUGGCUGUGUGUUUCGGGUCGUUGUCAUGCUGGAAGACCCAGCCACGACCCAUCUUCAAUGCUCUUACUGAGGGAAGGAGGUUGUUGGCCAAGAUCUCGCGAUACAUGGCCCUAUCCAUCCUCCCCUCAAUACGGUGCAGUCGCCCUGUCCCCUUUGCAGAAAAGCAUCCCCAAAGAAUGAUGUUUCCACGUUUCCAUGUGUUUCCAUGUGUUCCAUGUGUUCCAUGUGUUUCCACGUUUCCAUGUGUUUCCACGUUUCCAUGUGUUUCCAUGUGUUUCCACGUUUCCAUGUGUUUCCACGUUUCCAUGUGUUUCCAUGUGUUCCAUGUGUUUCCACGUUUCCAUGUGUUUCCACGUUUCCAUGUGUUUCCAUGUGUUCCAUGUUUUUUAUUUAUUUAUUUAUUUCACCUUUAUUUAACCAGGUAAGCAAGUUGAGAACAAGUUCUCAUUUACAAUUGCGACCUGGCCAAGAUAAAGCAAAGCAGUUCGACACAUACAACAACACAGAGUUACACAUGGAGUAAAACUAACAUACAGUCAAUAAUAAAGCAAAAAAAAAAAAAAAAAAAAAAAAAAAAAAAAACAAGUCUAUAUACAAUGUGAGCAAAUUAGGUGAGAAGGGAGGUAAAGGCAAAAAAGGCCAUGGUGGCAAAGUAAAUACAAUAUAGCAAGUAAAACACUGGAAUGGUAGUUUUGCAAUGGAAGAAUGUGCAAAGUAGAAAUAAAAAUAAUGGGGUGCAAAGGAGCAAAAUAAAUAAAUUAAUUAAAUACAGUUGGGAAAGAGGUAGUUGUUUGGGCUAAAUUAUAGGUGGGCUAUGUACAGGUGCAGUAAUCUGUAAGAUGCUAUGACAGUUGGUGCUUAAAGCUAGUGAGGGAGAUAAGUGUUUCCAAUUUAAGAGAUUUUUGUAGUUCGUUCCAGUCAUUGGCAGCAGAGAACUGGAAGGAGAGGCGGCCAAAGAAAGAAUUGGUUUUGGGGGUGACUAGAGAGAUAUACCUGCUGGAGCGUGUGCUACAGGUGGGAGAUGCUAUGGUGACCAGCGAGCUGAGAUA